UUUUGACAGGUGCAAUUGUGUUGAAAUUUUGAAUUGGAAUAUAUCAGAUGGUUUUCGUGUCUGGGUGUUCUAUGCACUGUCUUGUGCAGUUAGAGACAUCACACACAAAUAAUCUUACUAUUGUUUUGUGCUGUCCUAUUGUAUUUGUGAGGAGAUAUACUAUUGUUUUGUCUUUUGCUUUAUGUCGCCUUUGAUCUUAUUCGAGUUAUCCUCUGAAUCUUUUAUUUGCUGUUGCCACUCAAUUCUUGUCUGUUUUUUUUGCAAAACCAUUCUGUAAACAGUGACUCAGCAAUGUAGAGUACCACAUUAUUUUGCAACGAGGUGGGUCUCACAUAGCCGUUACCAUAUAAAUUGUUAGCCCAAUAUUAUUCAUGCUCUUGGAUUCAGUCAUAUAUGUAUUUUCUUGGCCUUGAUGAUUCAAUAAUUUCUAUGAUGCUUUGCUUCAGGGCCGCCGCAAGUUUGCAUCGCUGAUUGCUAAGUUAGCUACACAUUAUAUGAACUCAAGUAUUUGUCUUAUGCCGCCUUAAAUUUUAUUUCACAUUGUUCUCUGAGUCAUUGCUUUGCACUUUUGGUAUUGCCACUGAAUCCUUCUCUAAUUUUCCGUCAAUCACCAUGUAUUCAUGUGAAGGGUGGAUCGGCUAUUAAUGCCAAUGCAGCUUCUCAGGUAUCUGUGAACUGCUGCUAAAUCUAAAUAAUACCCAUACCUUGGUUGCUCCCUCUCAGAAUUUUAAAGUGCCCAACUCUAUAUAUUGACUGUUUUGACGAUCCUGAACACCAUUAUUUGCAAGCUACUCGAUACAGGUUCGGCUCUUCAUGAGAUGGAACCUGAAACUCUUAUCUGUUGUAGUCUUGUAGAUAAGGUUGUCAGCAGCAAGACUUGUGUGAUUGAUGUGUGUGGUUAUGAUGUGAGAAGAGCUGGUUAGAACAUGAUGGGGCUUAUGCAGAAAACAUUUCAGAUGGGCCAGGCCUUGGUACCCUUUCUGUUCAGUUUAGCAAGCUUUUUAUCUUUACCAUUCUAUGAAAAAUGAGGGGAUUUGAAAUUUGUAUGUGCCACUAACGUUUCCAUCAACUGAAAGGAGUGAGGUCGCAUGCAUGUGGUUGAACUACCUCCCCUACGCCAAAUAAUUGUGCACAAGUAAGUUUUUCUAUAGUCAGUCUGUGAAUUUUGACCAAGUUUACGCAAAGAAAAUAGGAACAUUUACAAUACUGAAUAUAUGUCAUAUUGAUAAGAAAAUAUAUCAGAUGAUGAGUCUAAUUUUUUUUUUGCGGUGGGAAUCUAAUAGUUUUGAUUUGGUAUUGUAAAUGUUGAAUAGUUUUUCUAUGAACUUAGUCAAAGUUUACAGAGGUUGACUUCAAAAAACUUAUAUACACUAUAAUUUAUCAAGGAAGGAAGUAAUUGAGUUUGCUUCAGCAUUUCAUCAGAGAUGCCCUUAAUGAAAUAUCGUUAGUGAGUACUCGGCGUUGAAACUUAGAUGUGAGUGUAGAGACGGCAUCCACCAGCCGGAAUAAUCUAAUAACGUCAUUUGUCUACUCACCUAUACAAGUACUCAAUCAUGCAAUGCAGGAGUAAUUUGAUUCGAGUACUGAUGUUUGUAGUAUGCCUAUAUGCACAUUCCCGUGUCAUUUGUUUUGUCAUACACUUUAGGGUAUGUGCACAAUCCCACUGAAAAGUUUAGAUCCCAUCUGGAUUCUUCAAUGAUGCAGCUUUGGUCUUCCAUUGGAACAUGAAUUAAAUGGUUUCGCCUGCAGUGUCAUUCUUCAGUGGUAAUUGAAGGGAUCUUGUUUUCCCUGGAAUGUCCAUGAAUACCACUGAAGAAAAGGAGAAGGAAACGACUUUACUCUGUAAUCUGAAGUCAGUUUUGUAUUGUCUGGUCCAUACAUUAUGUCAGUGAAUUGGUUAAUAAAUUAUGUUUAUCUAGCUUCUGGAUGAUUUAAGAGUGCACCAUUUCUUGCUUUUGCUUGGCCUCAUAUAAUGGAAAUAAAUACGGAUGGUUCUUUUUAUCGAUGGAACUACAUUUUGAUUAUUUAUUAAACUACUUGCAUCUAAAUUAACAAGUGCAAUUGUAUCGAAGUCCUAAAUUUGAGUGUCCGAGAUGCUCUUUGUACCUGAGUGUUCCAGGCACUAGCUUGUGCAGUUAGAGACAUCACACACAGCAAGCAGUCUUAGGUUGCUGUUUAUUUUACUUGUGAGGAGAAGGGCUAUUGUUUUAUUGUAUUGAAGUCCUAAAUAUGCUGCUAUUUGAAUCUUUCCUUUGCUGUUGCCACUGGACUCUUGUCUGCUACAUUCUGUGAGCAGUGACUCAGCACUGUACAGUACUACAUUGUUUUGCAACAAUGUGAGCAUCAUAGAGACGUUACUAUUCAUAUUUUUGGCCCUUAGUAUUAUUCAUGUUCUUGGCUUCAGUCUUUUGUAUUCUUGAUCGUGGCUUGAUGAUUCGUAUUUGUCAUUCCUAUUCAGCGCUUACUGGCUGUAAUAGUAUGAUGAUGGUUUGCAUCGCUGAUUGAUCACAACUCUAAAUGUUGUCAGUUUCGAAGAUUUUGAACACCAACAUUUGUAGAUCACCAGCUACUCGAUACAGAUAUGCACUAUAAUUUGGAGGGGGGUAAUUAUGUUUUAUUCAGCCGAUCUUUCAGCAGAGAUGCCGUUAAUUAAGUAUGGUUGGUUGGCUACGCACCAGCCCGGCAUGCAAUGCGCGAGGUACUAGCAGAUCAAUGUCGAUGGCAGUGGGAGAAGGUGUGGGUGAGUGGGCAUGGUGGCUGGCCCUCACCCUCGGCGCAGUCCCGCUGCUCUGCCUCGCCGUCUGGCACUCCGCCGACGCGUGGUACCGCGCCGCCUUCUUCCUCAGGCACGGCGGCCGGCGCCGCCUCCCGCCGGGCCACAUGGGCCUGCCCUUCCUCGGCGAGACGCUCUCCUUCGUCUGGCACUUCAAGCUCGCGCGCCGCCCGGACGACUUCAUCGCCGCCAAGAGGCGCGCGCACGGCGCCGGGGCCGGCAUCUACCGGACGCACCUCUUCGGCUCCCCCGCCGUCAUUGCGUGCUCUCCGGUGGCCAACAAGUUCGUGUUCCAGUCCGCCGAUAACUUCGGCAUACGGUGGCCGGUGCCGGAGCUCAUCGGCCACAAGUCCAUGGUCAACGUCGAGGGCGCCAGCCAUGCCAGGCUUCGCGGGAUCAUCCUCACCGCCAUCAACCGCCCCAGCUCGCUCCGGACCAUCGCUGCCGUCGUGCAGCCGCGUGUUGUGGCGGCGCUGGCCGCGUGGGCAGACAUGGGGACGAUCGUUGCCUCCACCGAGAUCAAGAAAGUGACGUUCGCGAACAUAUUCAAAAUGUUCAUAAGCAUGGAGCCGUCGCCAUUGACGGAGCAGAUCGACCAGUGGUUCGGCAGCCUGAUGGCUGGCCUCAGGGCAUUCCCCUUGGAUCUUCCAGGGACAAAAUUUCACGGUGCUCGCAAGUGCCGUCGGAAGCUGAACGCAGUCUUCCGGCAUGAGCUGGAGGCAAGGAAGAAGGUGGACAAGAAGUGUGAUGAUCUCAUGAGCGGGCUGAUGUGCACCGAGGACGAGCAGGGGAAGAGGCUGAGCGAUGAGGAGGUAGUGGACAACAUGGUCAACCUCGUGGUCGCUGGCUAUGAAUCCACGGCCAGCGCCAUCAUGUGGGCUACCUACCACUUGGCCAAAUCCCCUGCCGCCCUCGCCAAGCUCCGGGAGGAGAACGUGGCACUGAGCGAAAGCAAAGGUGGUUCAUUGAUGAUCACCCAUGAUGACCUGCCGAGGAUGAAGUACACGGCGAAGGUGGUGGAGGAGACGAUCCGAAUGGCCAACGUCGCCCCCAUGGUGCACCGCGUGGCGAACCGGGACGUGGAGUAUGGCGGGUACACGAUCCCGGCGGGGUGGCCGGUGCUCGUGUGGGUGAGGUCGCUGCAUACCGACCCAGUCUACUACCAGGACCCCCUCACCUUCAACCCGGACAGAUGGGAUAAACCAAUGAAGCCAGGGACGUACCAGGCAUUCGGUGGUGGAUAUAGGAUUUGCGCCGGCAACAUGCUCGCGAAGUUGCAGAUCACCAUCAUGCUCCAUCACCUCUCCAUUGGUUAUGAAUGGGAGCUGUUGAAUCCUGAUGCCAAGGUCAAUUACCUUCCACACCCAAGGCCAUUGGACGGUGCAGCCAUGACCUUCCGUAAGCUUAGAGCUUGAUGGAGAUGCAUUCAAUGAUUUUUUUUUCUAGCUAUGCUAGUGCAUCAAUGUUAAUUCUAUUAGUAUUGUAUGAUCAUAUCAGAACUAUAGCUAGUCUAUCUUUUUCCGGAAAUGACAUUAUCUUUGCAAGCAAACAUGGGCAUGCUGCUUUUAAAUUUGUACUGCAAGGGACAAGACCAUUAUUUGAAAAGCUACUAGUUUUUUUUGGGUGAUGAGAAGGCCAUUUAUGGAGCUCGGCUUGAGUACAUUUGGUUGAAUGGGUGCGCAAUAGAUGGGCCUGAGGAGCCAACGAGCCCGUGACUGUGGAGUCACCAUAUGUGGUCACAAGCCAAGGAUAGGCAAGCUCCUGUGUGAAGUGAAUGUAAAUGGGC